GGAAGGGGCGGAGCUGAGGCGGUGGCGGCUGAGAAGGCAUCGGUGGCGGCGACGGCGGCGGCUCUGGAGGCCGCAGUCCCGGUCCUGGCUUCGGCCCCAAUCCCACUAUGGUGACGCUCGCGGAGCUGCUGGUGCUCCUGGCCGCCCUCCUGGCCACGGCCUCUGGCUACUUCGUCAGCAUCGACGCGCAUGCCGAGGAGUGUUUCUUCGAGCGGGUCACCUCGGGCACCAAGAUGGGCCUCAUCUUCGAGGUGGCCGAGGGCGGCUUCUUGGACAUCGACGUGGAGAUUACAGGACCCGAUAAUAAAGGGAUUUACAAGGGAGACCGGGAGUCCAGUGGGAAGUACACAUUUGCUGCUCACAUGGAUGGAACGUACAAGUUCUGUUUCAGCAACAGGAUGUCCACCAUGACCCCGAAGAUAGUGAUGUUCACCAUCGACAUCGGGGAGGCCCCCAAAGGGCAGGACAUGGAGACAGAAGGUGGUGGAGAUACUUGGGACGCUCACCAGAACAAGCUGGAGGAGAUGAUCAACGAGCUGGCGGUGGCCAUGACAGCCGUGAAGCACGAGCAGGAGUACAUGGAAGUUCGGGAGAGAAUACACAGAGCAAUCAACGACAACACAAAUAGCAGAGUGGUCCUUUGGUCCUUCUUUGAAGCCCUUGUUCUAGUGGCCAUGACAUUGGGACAGAUCUACUACCUGAAGAGGUUCUUCGAGGUCCGGAGGGUCGUUUAACAAGCUCUCCCUCAAGAUCCAGAAUCCACAGCUCACUGUUCACUGACCUCUUGGUCAUAAAAACGGCAUCAGUUUGUACGUGUUGAUUUCUGAAUUGUACAUUCACAACUUAUGUUUCUUUGUAAAGGGUAGAUAUUGGGGAAAAACACCUUUUUAGGAGAGUGAUAGUGAAAAUUUGACUUUGGAUUGGCACAGCUUUUUACUGACUUUUCCUCCAUUACACAGGUCCUUCAGGCCCCAACACUGCACUGGAGAUGUAGGCCCAUAGUCCUUACUCUAUCUUCAUUUUCCUAACCAGUGCAGUUUGUUCCUGACAGUGCUUUACUAAAACGGCUGUGCUCUUUUCGGCCCCUUGUCCCGCGAUCCAGGUCAUCAGAGACCCGUGCUGUUGGGUCCUUAUGAGGAACCCCAGUUCGAAUCUCGAAGCUCUGUGGCUUUGGAGUGUGCCACCAGCCUGGUUCAUUUAUCCUUUGUCUUGUUUUUGCUUAAAAGAUGAGACAACCCAACAUUCUCCCCUUAAAUUUUCACUUUGAACCAUAGGGCUUCACUUUUACUAAAUUGAUGACAGAGCAGCUAAUAACCAUUUUUUUGAUUUCUGCCUAACCUGUAAGAAAUCUCUUAAAGCCAGUCCCCUGGGUGCCUCGGCCGGCGGGAGCUCGCUCUGCACUGGCACCCACUUGCUCCAGUCUGGGCAGUAGGAGGUGUGCAGUCGCGCAGGCGGGAAGUCGGGGCUCCUGGUGGCAGAGGGUUCAGUAAAGCCUCUUGGGUUUCAUUGCGGUGAGUGAUUUACAGCCACUAUUUUAUUUUUGAUCAGUGGCGUUUGGCCACUCGUUCAUUAGGGUGCUGGCCACACGGUCAGUACUAGGGGUUUUGGUUGUUUUUUCUUGGGUCUUUUUUGGGCACAUGUGAAUUUUGUUUUGUAUGAAACGAAAUGACUUUCUCUUGGUCUCCGAUGAUGGAUUUAAAAUUGAAGGAGCAUCUGGUUUGGUGUGGGGAUGGUCCAGGAUUAUGUUGUGACUGAUGUAUAUUAGUUACCUUUUUUUUUUGGAUCUUUGCAAAGGUAAAACUACAAGUAACAAGUUUUAUAUAAUUAAUUUAAAUUUGUUACAGGUUUUCAUGUUCAGGAUAAGCAAUUUUUCAACCUUGGGUAAAAAUACUUGCAGCAGCUUAAGGUGACCGAGCUUCCCCUUAGCACAGCUGUUGCACGCGUUUCUCUGUGUGUGAGGAACACUGCAGCAGGAGUUACAAUACGUACAUUUGAAAUUGGCUGUGUAUCCGAUCUGCCCCAGGUUCAGUAAAUAAAUAAUUCUUUUUAAAAAGUC